CAGAACGGAAAAUCGUUUAUAAAAGGGUAUACGAUGGCGAUGGUUUUAUGAUUCGCUGGAGGGACGUCGACGAACUAACACUUGUUGAAUACCGCCGGAGCGCGUGGCCACCGAGAACCGUUCUAGCGCGCUGUGUGGAGUGCAGUGGAGUAGAGUGGAGUUGAAGUGCGGCAGGACACAGACUUCCGGUUGGAACGGUGGACAAGUUCAGCCGAUGGGAAGGGGUCGUACAUCCGCACAGAGUCAUCUAGUGACGAAAUAAGUGGUGUAGUGCGCGGGUGAUCUAGUUGUAGGCGAUAGUUAAGAAAUUGAGCAUAACCAACGGCGCUGGAAGCCGUUACGGAUGUGUUGAAGAGUCGGAAUCGCCGGAUGCGAACCGUGAAGUCCUGUGAAGUGUGCGUGAAUUUCAAAUCCUACGCAAUUAUCGGGAGUCGAUAAAAUUCGGCGAAGCAUCGCGUGCGCCCCAGAAGUGUUAACGCGUUUUCGGUAAUUGACCAAUAAAACAAUUAAGUUUUGUGCGAUUAAUUCCGUGCCCUCCCGGCGGCGAUUCAUUUAAUCGAAUUCGUGGACCAUUAAAGAUUCCCUGGAAAAUAUCUGUCGCCAGAGCAGGUGAAACGGUUAAAUUUGAAUAGCUGCGUGGUCCACCAGAAUUCCGACGGCAGCUGUGGCCUCCCAGUUGUCGAACGAAUCACAAAGUUUAUACUAAUUCAAUUUGUGUACAUCGGUUGAUGUCCGCGAACCAGCAACCGUAGUUUCGAAGCCGUUGGUUCGUUGGAUCUCUCUGCUCCCGGGAAUAAGAAACAUUCCUCUGGCUGCUGCUCUCUUCUAAGGAUCAUCGCAAUCAACAUAAAUUAAUGAACAUGAAAGCCACUCUGUGGUUGUGGUCGCUGGUGACAGUGCUGGUGUGCGUCAGUCAACGGGUGUCCGCGGGGCCGUACACAGACACGAGGAUUAUACAGCCACAAGACAAUAGCCUGGUGGCACCCGCCAAAAGGACAAAACCGUCACUAUCGAUAGUGAACCCGCUGGAUGUGCUGCGGCAGCGAAUUAUCUUGGAAAUGGCACGAAGGCAGAUGCGGGAAAACACCAGACAGGUUGAACGAAACAAAGCCAUCCUGCGCGAGAUUGGCAAGCGAAGUCACGCCGAGUUUCGAAGCUCCGACGGCGAUGACACCGAACUUGGCAGCCCGGCCGGACUGCUGCUGGAUCGCCUGUACUACCCGCCUCCGCCGAGACCGGUGGCCGAGUUGGCACCCUACCUGCGGCGUUUCGCUGGGUCCGCUGGGUCCGGUGGUGCCGUAGAUUACGAGUUGGACUCGCGGGAGCAGCGGAAGUCCACCGGCGGAAGUAGCGGAAGCAGCAGCAACAACAAAGCCACCGACGACAGCAGUAACAAUCCGAACGGAAACCCGAUUAAUGAGCAAAUUAGCAGUGGGCCGCUCACGUUGGCCAAGGAACAACGCCGGCUGGAACAACAGGAAGAGGCGGAAAAGGCUGCUGGGUCGUUUCGUCCCCAGCAGCUGAGAUUCUCCAACGAUCGGCUAAUGGUACCCCCGAAUGAUGGCUUUUUGGACGAUCCACGUGACGACGGCGACGUCGACGAUGACGACGAGGACGAAUAUCUUGCCGGUAACGAAGACUUGGUAAAGGGGCGGGAACGACUUCAGCAGUUGCAGCAGCAACAGCAACAACGCGACCAGAAGCUGAAAAGUGACAACGGUUACCGGCUAAGGUACUUGAACAACAUUCAGGCUAAAAUGUAUGGCUAAGUGGGUUGACUCGGGACGGAACUCCACGCAACUUCUCUGACAACUGAGCUACAUUACAAAACGAAACGGAAACUAGAGACAGGCACGAGGCAGAAGAAGAAAUCAACUAUGUGUGUGUGUGUGGCGUGAGGGGUAGACAAACUAUGAACGGAACUGGACAAACACGACCAACGUUAAGGAGACGCGCGAAACGGACUGUCGGACUAAAUUACGCGAGGGCUGUAUUAAUUUAGCUUUUUUUUUAAUCAAAAUAGAAGGGCAACGUUUGAGCAUUCUCUGUCAGCUAGAUUACAUUUCCAUCAUCGUAAUUUGUAUUUAACAAUUUUUGAACGAAGAGCACAAGUUGCAAACGGAAAAUUAUUGAAAAUUUCACAUAAAUUCUAUCAGAGAAAAAAUGCAAUAAAAAGCUCGAGGAGAGACAGUGACAAUGUUUUCUUUUGAUUUACAAACAAUCCAACAGUUCUUUAAUGAUCUUGACUCAGUCUUCUUCACAAAGGUUAUGUGCAAUAGGAUGUAACAAAAAUGACACUUUUCCCGGGCAUUCAGGGACUGGUUCCGGUGAUUUUACAUAUUUUAUUCAUAAAUGACAAAUUUUGAGACACUUAGGUCACUGAACGUUUAUUUUAAACGUCACGUGUAUGCCAGCUCUAUGAGCAUGUUUUGGUAUAUCUGUAGGUCUGUCUGUCAUCGACCAUUGAACAAAAAAGAUUUUUGAAUUGAUCUUUUUCUUUGUUUCAUACAUAUUUUUUUUUGAACAAAUAAAAAAGAAUAAUCUAAACUCUUACCUUAUAUCCCAAUAUUUCACUUUCCAGAAACCGUUAUUUUAUCUGUUAUCCAUAUUCAAAUUCUGGAGUUUUUUUUGAAAAGGUCCAAUAAACAUAAUAUUCAGUUUUUUGCAUUUUGGGUGUUUUUUAAUACCCCAAAAACACCCAAAAAGCAAAAACUGGAAAUUUGGUUUAUUGGACCUUUAAAAAAAAACUCCAGAAUUAUUCGUGCCUUCUAAAAUUAAAAAAAUUAUGUCCUGAAUAUUUGAAAUUUGUGAAUCAUUUAUUAUCAUCAUAUAAAUCAUAAAAGCACAAUCUUCCCAAUCUUCCUGAUUUCAUAAUACAAUAUGCUUGAUAAGCUGAUAUCUACCUUCAUUACCUUAAAAAACUAAAGUUUUGUAAAACCAGAAAUAAUUUAGGUUGCCUUGUUUUCAAAAUAAUUGAAAAUUACAUUCAAAAUUAAUUGAAUAAAGUAUUUUUUUCAUAUGCAAGUUAAUUUACCAAAAAUUCUACUGAUUCCAGAAAAUUUCCUGUGUAUGUUUUGGGCAUCCAACUUGUCCUUAUUCCAAAAAGUUUAAUUGAAUGAUUUUAACAAGCCCAACAUUUCGUCGCCGUCGUGCUAACUUGUCGUACGUGCAUUUUGGGCCAAAUUGAGUUAAGAACGCCAUUUUGUGCAGCUCGCAAUUUGACCUUCACAGAUCCCCAAAAUUCGAAUUCAAUCCUGAGAUAUUCAACGAAAUCCGAAAAACUCCGUGAAUUUUCGUCACUUUACAUAUGAAAGUAGUUUCAAUCUUGUCGUGCUAUCUUGUCACUCCACGAAAAUUAGUGCAAGUGCGACAACUGGCCAAAGGGAUUUCAGGUCAGAACGCGUUUGACGCACGUACAAGUUAGACUACCGUAAACAUUUUUAAUCAUAACUCAGGACUCCAGCAAACUACUUCAACCAAACUUCGGGACAAUGCAUAUAAAGGUCAGCCAAACAAAACGUGUUUGUUAUUGUUUACAUUGCGUGUUUUCGUUUUUGUUUAUUCAAGGUCAAACAUUAAAACGCGUUUUUCUCGAAACGUUGACAUGGCGAGUGCGACAAGAUAGCACGACGAUGUCGAUUUGAUGAAUCGCGAUAAUACAAAAACAAUCAAAGUUUCAAACAUAGAGUACGUUAUCCAUUAGUGGAACCCUUUCCUAUAGUAAACUCAGUGAAGGUGUUUUGGUGGAAACAUAAAUAAAUUCCCAAUUUCAAGAAAAUAUUUUAAACAUAUUGUUCUGUCCUUUUAGCCAAAAUACGUGUUUUGAGUUCGACACCUGCCGUUACCUAAUUACCUGCAAAAAUUAAGAAAGUGUUGUAUUUGAGCACAUUAAACAUACCAUAAUUUCUUGUUAUGACCAACUUUAUUGCAUACUUUUUUCAAUCAUGAGUGUAAAAAUAACUGUUUUCUACGUUUAAAGUACCAAAGUUAAUGAACCAUAAGAACUAAUAAUGAAUCAAAACUGUAAUACAAAACUGUAAUACAAAACUAAUAAUGAAUCAAAACUGUACUUAUUGUACUUAAUUGAUAAUUGAUGAUGAAAAUGAUAUUUUAUGAGAAUAAAUCAACAACAUAUAUUUUUCUGUAAAUUUUUUUUAUUGUUUUAUCAGCAACUGUAAACAAAUCUAUAGUUUUGUUUUGGUGAUUUAUUCUACUAACUGAUAAAAAAAAUGUACAACAAAAUUACCUGUUUUGCCUUUCUUACUAAAGUAAGGUAUAGGUUUUGCUUUAUUGCUUUAUUGGACAUCAUUUCCAUCUUCAUAAAUAUUACAAUUCAUCGUGAAUAAUUUAUUCUAUUCAUUACCUUUUUUAUUUUAUUCAUUCAUAUGUUUACAGUGAUUUUCGACACGUCCUUUGAACAUUUUUGGAAAAAUGUGUUUAAAGGUCUUUUAGGUUUCUAUGUUUUUUAGGCCAUGUUUGUUAACAAAACAUAAAUAUUUACAAUGAAAAAAGUGACCAAAGGCCCUCUUUUGUUCAUUAUAUCUAUCAUUAAACUCACAACAUGACAUAACACAAAUCAUCAAAUAUGGGUUGAAUUUGAUAUAAAAAUAACAAUUUUCCUAUAGUGUACCCAAUCGGCUUAUAGACCCGGGUCCACUAAUGGGAAGGGGGUCCAUAACAGGAAAAAAUAACAUUAUUUUCAAAUGGCCAUUUUUCUGCAUAAAAUACUAUCAAUUGAUGAAAAAAUAGUCAGAAUUGUAAUUAAUUUUACAAAUACCACUUUUACUGGUAGCAAAAAAAAUAGGCGAAUUUCAAAUAUAUAUUACUGAAAUAUUACUACAAGUAUUUCAAAAAAACAUAAUGAAUUCACAAAAACGAAUAGCUUGAAACUGUUCGAUAAUGAGACAAAGUAAAUACUAAAUUAAAAUCGGAAUGACCUUUGGCGUUUAACUUAACAUUCACCUCUCCAUAGUCACCCACACCUUUGACGACACUCAUUAUGAUUCCCUCUGCGAUUCCAAUUAGCUUUGCAGUGGUCUAGGCACGAGUUCCUUAACUGCUUUGAAUUUCAAAUUGAGCUUGAAUCGAGAGUGUCUUCAACUUUAUAGCAACAGUAAUUAUCUUUUUUGAAUGGAUGACAGCAGCUCGGCAACAGCUUAAAUUGCUGAGUGAUACGGGAUGACAAUGGUUUUGCGAAAACUCAUUUUAAUGAAGCAAAAUACCAUUCAUCGAUUUGAUGAUUCUGUUGAAAACUUCUUUUUUUUAUUGGUAAGUGAGCUUCUUUCACAAAGAUACGGUGCACGACGAUACAAUAGUUAACUCGGUAGACAGACAAUUUUUCAACCAAAAAAUGUGAGCAUUGUCCCUCGUUAGAUGGAAGGAAAAAGCUUAAGGAAUCCUUUCAAACAAGGACAACAACUUUUAACAGCUUCGAAGGUAUUCAUUUAAAAAUUUAUGGGGACAUCACUCGAACAACAAAUGGAACUGUAAACUUGGGAUUUGUAAAAAAUCGGUUUAUUUGUUAACAUUUAAGUGAUUUCUAGAAAGUAUCGUAAAACUCGCUUUCAUAACAAUUUUGCAAUACUAAAUUUUUUAAUGUGCCACCGUCAGAAAACUUUUCUCGUCCACCUCAAUUAAGUCGCAUGUUGCCACGUGUCCUCCGACGAUGACUGACUUUCCAAACGAGAGUUGAGUUGUUGUUUCUCCCCCAAGAUGGGAUUUGAACCAACUUCCUCCUGUGCGUGCCCUCCCGAACAAUCCAGGUAACUUUGUGACAUUGUCGGUGAAAAGUUUGCUUCGCCACCCAUCUCACUCACCAAGUCCACAAGUAAACUGAACUUUGGUGUUGAAUUCAAAGCAGCUCCUUAAACCACGGAAGAAGGCUUACUUUUGAGAUUUGAAAUUUUGCACCCUGUCGAGUGUGGCAUUUCUGUGACGUGAAAUUUCAAAAGAAAGGUAAUUGAAAAGUUUUACGCACGCCACAGGCAGUGAAUGCAGUGGGCGUGAAAUUAGCACGAGUUUUUUUUUUUUGUUUUUAAUAAUCAAACUGACAGAGAGUGCUACGAAUUGGCGAGAAAGCUUUCCUUUCACGGCCAUAACACUUAACAGAGCAAAUUCAAUGUAACUACAAUGGAAAGAUGAAAACAACAUAAAUAGAAAACAAGUUUAAGUAACUCAUAAACUACGAAUUAAAGUUAAUUCUAAAGAGAAGAAAAAA